AUGCCUGCGAAACAUCUCAUCACGCUGUAUGACAUCCGGUCGAAGCUAGACCCGCCGGCCUGGUCUCCAAAUGUCUGGAAAGCUCGGUUUGUCUUGAACUACAAGAAACUUCCCUACAUCACUCAGUGGCUCGCUUGGCCCGAUGUCACAGACGUUCUGUCCUCCAUCGGGGCUGCUCCUACCAGGAUGGAGAAACCAUACUACACUGUUCCCGUAAUCGUGGAUCAGGUCGAAGGCAAACCAGCCGUAGUUGUGUCCGACUCCCUCGACAUCGCCGAUUACCUAGAGCACAAGUACCCAGAGCCCCCCAUCUACCCAGGAGGCCGCGAUAGGCAGAUGAUUUACCACAUGACGAUCUCGCAGAACACGAGCUCGAAUAUGUUCGUCAUGGUUGCGCCUAACCUGACGAAAAUUUUGCCUGAGGGUCGUGAAAGGGAAUUUUACGUCUCGAGUAGGAAGGAGAUUUUCGGGGUCGGACUGGACGAGAUUUUCCGACCAGAAGUGCACGACGCAAUGUGGGCAAGAGUAUAUAGAGGCCUGGACAACCUCUCUGGAUUUACCGAUCGAAUCGAACACGGGGAGCAGUGGUUAUUCAGCCCAGUCGAAGGACCAAGUUACGCGGACUUUGUACUAGGUGCAAUCUUAAACUGGUUCAAAAUUGCAGGGCCCGAAGGAGCAUGGGACAGAAUCAAGGGACGAAAUAAUGGGAAAUGGGAACGCCACAUGCAGAACCUGCAACCGUAUAUGGAACUCUUAUAAUGCUAUCUUCGUAGUCCCCGAGACUGAGUAGAUCGAUUUCAAGAUGCACUAGAAACGUUGUUCAUGACAUUGAGCAUGACACAUAUAAUAGAGUUAGCUGGAGCAGACCCCGGCCUAUAUUCGUUCCUAUUGCUCCAAUCGCAG